AUGCGCAGCAAAGUACCAGUAGGCAAGUCCUCACCUCGUCCUCACGUGCAGGUUAAUAACUACGGGCGAAUUAACUCGCCCGGCGAUGACAUCCGUGUAGCCAUGGCGAAGAACGCGAGCAAGGCGGCAAGUCCUACCGCCGCCUCCGGUGCGAGCUAUGACGGGGACGACGGAGACGAAGCGAACGGCGACGACGCCAAGGAGGAUUGGCCGGAGAACGGCCACGACGACAGCGCUUCAGGCGACAAUGUAGGUCCUGCUGACAUCGAGGAGGACGACUGGUGGAAUCGGCCGGUCGGGAGCGACGACGAGGUGGAAGAGUGGCAUGUUGGUGAUUCCGACAACGACGGAGGUAAAGAUGCGCAUGGUGACAACGCCCUUGGGACCGACGACAACGUCCCGCUACUGAAGCGGAGGCUGCGCCAUCGCCUACAGUGCAAGUCAAAGCGGGCCCGCGUGGUGCUCUCUGACGACGACGGUGCGGGGGAGGAGCGUCGCCCGAUACUCACCGCUGCGGAGAAGGGGAAAGCCAAGGUCGCGGAAGCCCCUACUAAGGCCCCUGCUAAAGCCCCUGCUCGUCGCCGCACAAGCAACAAGAAGCUGACAUCCGACGGAGACCCGGGAUCCAGCAAGGGUGCGGCUAAGAAGAAGGCGAAGAAGGCGCUAAAUCCUGAAGACAUCGUCGUGAACGAGCCGCUGGGAAGCGACGAUGAGUACGCGGCGGCGGCGGGCCCGAUUCCCACGUUCCCUAGGAAGGACAACGGGUGGAUGGACGAGAGCGUUGUGCAGACCUGGCUGUCCAAGGAGGUGCUACCCCAUCUGAACCCCCAGCGCGGCCAGAACGCAAGGCGGGCGAUGCUGGUGUUGGACUCCUACCGCGGUCACAUCACCCAGACCAUGCUUCAGUCGUACCGCACGCACAGCAUCACCCCUGCAGUCAUCCCAGCGGGUUGUACGAGCCAGAUUCAACCCCUGGACGUCUCCAUCAACCGGUGCUUCAAGGCUGCUGUGCGAGCGCGCUACGCCAGGUGGUUCAUGCGUGAAGGGAUUCACCUGAAGACGAAGAAGGGGAACCUGCGGAGGCCUCCACACCCCGUGGUGCUGCAGUGGAUCGCGGAGGCUUGGGAUCAAGUCCCCAAGCAGAUCAUCAUCGACGCGUUCCGCCACUGUGGGAUCUCGAGCAAGCUAGACGGAACAGAGAACCACCUGGUGAUGUCUCACCUGCGCGCCAGGAGCACCACCGAUGUCUCCGCGGACAUGUCUUUCGGGGGGACCACAGGCGACAACACGCGCCUGCUCGAUUGGGCUCCAGAGGAGGAGGAGGAGGCGAUGCAGGCGGAGGGCGUGCGGGAGGUGGCCGUGGCAACCGGCCUGGAGGUGCUGUACCAGGAGACCCCCAACUACCGCGGAGCGGCGGCCGAGGCUGACCGCAUGAUCGAGCCUAGGGAGACGGCUAGGCAUGCCUGGCGAGUGCCAGACCUGGGUGUAGAGCCUGAUGUUAGUGCAGGUGAGGAGGCGGUGACUGAGGGGGUUAGGAAGAAGUAG